AUGGCGUUUGUGGAUGUGGGGCCAUCAGUGGACACCGUCGACCCUUCUUAUCCGACUUAUCUAUGCCUUGAGCUUCCCGGGCAGCCUUGGGACCAGCCGUGGGGAGUCACACCCUACGAGGUGCUCCCCUCACGUCUCAAUCGGCUGCUUUACGGCAACCUGACUUUGUCAGAGUCCACGUCCGAGAAUGGCUCGGAGGACUAUGGGAGUUCAGGGAGUGGAGACGUUGUGGAGUUGAAUGGCAGCCCUUCGUCAAAUGUGGCGAUUAGGCCUCCUCCCGGGCUGAGCCAGGACAUCGGUGAAGUGGCAAAGGUUUACCCCUCCCACUCCUUUGGAACUUCAUUUGCCAUCAUCUUCAAAGGCUACGACCCGGAGAAGCAUGCCGCCUUCGAGCUUGUCCCUCGCUUAAUCGGCCGCAAUGGUGACAACAUGAAGAAAAUCCAUGAUCAAACUGGGGCACGCGUAAUCGUUUGUGGUCGCGGGAGUGGCUGGAUAGAAGUCAAGUCGCCCCACGGCUACUUCGAAAGGGAUGAACCGCUCCAGUUGGCUGUUUCGCGCCGUUCGAUGAAGAUCAGGGAAGCGGCGUCCCAGGGCUGGUUCAAGGAGACAAUGGUGCUGGUGAAAGGCAUCGCGCAGCACUUCCGCCGCUUCUGUCGCCAACAAAAGCUGGACUGUGUGGAGCUGUACGUGGUGCAGGAGAUGACCCUCUGGGAGGAUGGCCUGCGUGCGGCUUAUCCCAGUGUGUCACAGUGUUGGGCUAUGAUGCGUUUAUAA